GAGGAAGUGCCGCGUGCCGCUGUGGACGUGCGGUGGACUUCUGUCGCUCUGCCUCCGUCUGGGCUGAAAAGUUUCUGGUCAUGAGUGGACACGCGGUCCCCGCCGACAUCUCCGGACACAUGCUGGACCUGGACGAGGACGACGACCUGGAUGUGUUCAGUAAGAACACAUGCCUAACAGAUGAAGGUCCAGUGCCCAACUCCCCCAGCUCCAUGGUCAACCAGUACAGGCUGGAGGAUGAUGAAGAGCAGCAAGAUGCCAACGCUAAAGACCUCUUCAUCUCUGUUGACGACCCGGAGAGCCACAUCACUGCCAUCGAGACCUACAUCAUGUACAGAGUAGUGACCAAGACCACACGGAGCGACUUUGACUCCAGUGAGUUUGAGGUCCGCCGACGCUACCAGGACUUCCUGUGGCUGCGGAGCAAGCUGGAAGAGAGUCACCCCACCCUCAUCGUCCACCCCCUCCCAGAGAAGUUUGUGAUGAAAGGCAUGGUGGAGCGCUUCAACGACGACUUCAUUGAGACCCGGAGAAAAGCUCUGCAGCGCUUUCUCAGCAGGAUUUCAGAGCAUCCUGUCCUGUCUCACAGCCAGCACUUCAAAGUCUUCCUCACUGCACAGGACCUGGCGCCACACAAGAAGCAGGGUUCAGGUUUCCUCAGCAGGAUGGGGGAGACGAUGAGGGCCGUGGCCAACUCUGUCCGCGGCGUGAAGGACAGACCGGAGGAGUUCGAGGUCCUGCAGGACUACGUGGAGAACUUCAGCAGCAAGAUCUCCUCUGUGGACAAAGUCACCCAAAGGAUCAUCAAGGAACAGAGAGAGUACCUGGAUGAGUUGAGGCAGUACAGCUCCACCUACGCCCAGUGGGCGGGGUCGGAGGAAAACCUGUCUGAGCCGCUGAAGGGCGUGGCCAGCUGCGCGGAGCGGUGCUGUAAGGAAACAGAGGAGCGGAUCCAGCACUUGUCUGAGGUCCUGGUCCCAGCGCUGCACGAAUACGUCCUGUGUGCAGAAACCCUGAAGGCCGUGAUGAGGAGGAGGGACAACAUUCAGGCUGAGUUUGAAGCGAAGAGCGACGCCUUGGCGUCCAGAAGAAGUGAUCUGGAUGCGCUGCAGGACGAGGUGGAUGAGCUGGCAGACCGCAUGGACAAGUCCAACAGCGCCUUACAUGUGGACUGGAGCCGCUGGAGGAACGCCAUGAGAACGGACCUGAAGGCGGCCUUCACCUCUACUGCAGAGAAGAACGUGGAGUAUUACGAGAAGUGCCUGGCGGUGUGGGAGUCCUUCCUGGUGUCUCAGAGGGGGGAGUCCAUCAGUCAGAGGGACUGAGGAGAUGCUGCUGGACCUGUGAGGACCUCCGUCUGUCCUCAGGACCGCUGACCGUUGUCCAACUCCUUCAUUCAAAGAGUUGGGUCCACUCUGAUCAUUCCAGACACCUCCAGCCCUCCCCCAUGGGUCAGACCCCCGCCUGCUGCUGUUUCUCUGUCUCAGCCUCCAACGUUCAGCCUGAAAAGGAUGCAGGAAUCUCAAGUAGUUCAUGAUGGACCUUGACAGAACCAGCUUUAGGAGUGACUGGCAGAACCAAAGACGCCUCUGUUUGGACCUUUUCUCUUGGAUUUGUGCUCAUUCUUCAUUCUUCUGUCACCCUGCAAACUUUCCAGAUCGUCUUCGUCUGGUGUGAGACACCAGGCUCUGCUUCUAAUGUCCUCCUUCAUCACAUCCUCUGACGUGAGGCAGAUGCUGCUGUUCAGCUUCCAAAGGGACUUCUAUGAAACCGGGCUGACCCCCCCCCCCCCCCCUCGUUCUUUACAGUCUGCUUUCACUCUUGGAAGAUCUUUGAGAUUUUUUUGUUGAGUAAAUAAAUAAAAAGCACAGAGCAGAGAUGU